AUGCGUUUCGCCACCGUCCUCGCUCUUCCCGUUCUCGCCCUCGGCGCCUUUGCUGAGAACGCCCAGGUUGACAAGCGUCAGCUGGGUUCAGUCCUCGCUUCUGCUACAUCCGCCUUUGGCGUAGCCACAUCAGGCGCAGCCGGUGUCGUCUCCUCCGCCUCGUCAGCUGUCGGCGUAGCUACCUCGGGCGCUGGGUCCGUCGUAGGUGCCGCCUCUUCCGGCGUGCUUUCCGUUGCCUCUGGCGCCUCGUCGGGCGUUGCCGCUGGUGCGUCAGGUGCCUCCUCGGUCGUCAGCGCCGGUGUCAGCGGUGGUGCCUCGGUCGCUUCCGGUGCCAGCUCUGGUGUUGCGGGCGGUGCAUCCGGCGCUAGCUCUGCCGUCGCCUCCGCUUCGUCCCGCGCCGCUGCCGGCCAGGUCGCUCCCUUCCCCAUGUCGGCCGUCUGGACCGCCGCUGUCGGUGCCGUCGGUGUUGUCGUCGGUGCCGGUGCCGUCUUCGCUUAA